UCUCCACAGCCCGCGCAGCCUCUGGUACCGGGGAAGCGGGGCGGCGUUGCGGAGCUCGCUCCUUUGGUGGUCGUCUGUACCCAUCAGGCGGGAGCUCCCAGCCCAUCGCAAAAAUUAAAAUUAAAAAAUGUACUCUCCGGGAGCCCUGGUCUAUGCAUCUUCGCUAGGAUGAGAUGAGAGCACCACUAGAAAAAUGUUACAGCAGACUUAGACCUGCUCUGCUUCUCUCUGUCACCCCUUGAGUCACAAACCACUCUUGAUUCUUCAGGAUGGUACUCCAAGAUUUGCAACCAUACAGCAUCACCAGGAGAAUGUUUAUUGAGCUCCAUAUGACAGGGAAGAUGAGACUUUCACUAUUUUUUUGAGUAAGAAGAAUGGGUCCAGAUGUACCUUUGCUGAAUGAUUACAAGCAGGACUUCUUUCUGAAGCGCUUUCCACAAACAGUUCUUGGAGGUCCUCGAUUCAAAUUAGGCUAUUGUGCCCCUCCUUACAUAUAUGUAAAUCAGAUAAUUCUUUUCCUGAUACCAUGGGUUUUGGGAGGAAUAGGAACACUAUUGUACCAAUUAGACAUUCUGAAAGACUAUUAUACUGCAGCACUUUCAGGUGGAUUAAUGCUUUUUGUUGCAUUUGCCAUCCAAAUGACAAGUUUAUAUGCAAGAAAGAAAUCAGUGACUAUAGAACGAAUGCUGAGUCCAGAUACCUUGACAGAUGAAGAUGAAUAUGAAUCUUCAGGUUGUGCAGAUGCUGAAACAAUCAAAUUUAUAAUUCCAGGAAAGAAAUAUACGGUCAACACUGUUUUCCAUUCUGUACUUGCUGGAGUAAUUUGUGGACUCGGAACAUGGUAUCUGCUUCCCAACAGAAUAACCUUAUUAUAUAGUAACAUAGGAGGCACUGUUAUGAUAUUUAUCUUUGGAUGGGUGACAAUAUGCAUAGGAGAAUAUUCAUUAAUCAUAAAUACAGCCACUGAGACUGCCACUUUCCAAACACUUGACACUUACGAAUUUACUGCUCUCAUGAGGCCGCUUUACAUUAUUUUCUUUAUUGCCGUGGAUCUUGCACACAGGUUUACAGUUAAUUUACCAGCUCUAGAGCAAAUCAAUCAAAUUUUGCACAUUUUAUUUGUAUUUUUGCCCAUUCUGUGGGCACUGGGGACUCUGCCCCCUCCUGAUGCACUUUUUCUAUGGGGCAUGGAGCAGGUUUUGGAGUUUGGCCUUGGAGGGUCACCUGUGUCAAGCCACCUAAGGUUGAUAGUAAUGUUUCUUGUUUCUGCUGGAACAGCUAUAGCAUCCUAUUUCGUUCCCAGCACUGUUGGUGUGGUACUUUUCAUGACUGGAUUUGGAUUCUUACUAAGUCUUAACCUAAGUGUAAUUGGUCAUUCUGUACUUGAAGGCAAAAUCAGACAGAGAAGUCCAGCCAAAUCUAAGACUCUGUGUAAUGGUUCAAAAAAACCAUUUGGAUGGCGGGAAUGCCUUUUUUAUUUCAUCUUACUAGUUUUAGCACUGACUGAAGCUAGCCUGCUACAUUUCUUUGCUGAUUUUUCAGCCUUUUCCAAAACCAGCCCCCAGACUAUUAUUAGUUAUAUUUUGAUGGUACUAUUUAUAGUAACAUGGCUACUUAGGGAAAUUCAAAGUGUAUAUCUGUUUGGAAUUGUCCGAAAUCCUUUCUAUACGAAGGAUACAAGAACUGUGACUGUCUUCUUGGAGAAGCAAACAAGACUUGUGAAAGUUGCUGUUGUAAGACGAAUAUUGCUAACUCUAGUGUCACCUUUUGCUAUGAUCGCAUUUCUUUCACUUGACAGUUCCUUACAAGUACUCCACUCUGUAUCUGUUUGCAUUGGAUUCACAAGAGCCUUUAGAAUGGUAUGGCAGAAUACAGAAAACGCAUUAUUGGAAAUGGUAGUUGUAUCAUUGAUGCAGUUAUUCAUACUAAAUAAAGACUUGUGGUGGAACAGAAGCCUGGACACAGGAAUCAGACUUUUAUUGGUUGGUAUUAUUCGUGACCGACUGCUUCAGCUUAUCACCAAAUUGCAGUUUGCUGUAUCUGUUCUCUUGACAUCAUGGACAGAGAAAAAACAGCGUCGAAAAUCUACAACCACUUUAAUUACCCUCAAUAUAGUCUUCUUCCCAGUUGUAAUGUUCUUCAUAGUUCUUUCUACACUACUUUCUUCUCCUUUGCUGCCCCUCUUCACCCUUCCUGUGUUUCUGGUUGGGUUUCCAAGACCAGUUAAGAGUUGGCCGGGACCAGUAGGUGCAACAGCAUGCAUUUGUCCAGAUACAGUUUACUAUGAGCAAAUGGUUCCAAGUCUGAGUGCUGCACUUGGAUCUGCAAUGGCAGCUGGUAGUUUAGGUCUCAUUUUACCUGGGUCACACUACUUAUGUCGUUUUCAAGAUCGACUUAUCUGGAUACUAGUUCUAGAACGAGGAUAUACUUAUUGCUGUAUUAACAUUAAGGGAUUAGAAUUACAAGAAACAUCAUGCCACACUGUUGAAGCCAGAAGAGUUGAUGAAGUUUUUGAAGCAGCUUUUGAGCAAGAAGAAUAUGCAAAAGCACUUCCACUCAAUGAGCACUUUGGAAAUAUCUUAACACCCUGUACUGUUCUACCUGUGAGGCUAUAUUCCGACGCCAGAAGUGUUUUAUCUGGUAUAAUUGAUUCUAAUGAAAAUUUACAAGAAUUUAAAGGUGACCUCAUUAAAGUACUUGUGUGGAUGCUUGUACGAUACUGCUAUAAAAGAACCAAAACACCAAAGGAACUUGAUGAAGCUGAAAAUAAUGGUGUGCCGCCUCUAAUCAAGCAGCCUGAGUGGAAUCAUUCACCAUACCCACAAGUCCCCAGUGAUACAGAUAGUUUAAAUUUAGAAACACUUGAUGAGUGGUCUGAUAAUGACUUUUUUGAUGAUGAGUCUACUACCAACAAAGAAAAUGGGAAGUUAAAAGUUUUGCCAAGUACAUCUUUACCUAUUCCAGGAUCAGUGGAAUCACGGAGCACAGAUGGUAAUUCAGCAGAGACUAUUUCAGAAGAUAAACUGUAUAAAGCAGUUGCAUUGGGACUUCCUGCUGUUGACAAAGGGAAGCAAAGAGAGAUGACACACCUUCCUCUGUUGGAAUUUAGUUGUUCUCAUUCACAGCUGUUAAGCAUACCAGAAGAAUGGAGGUCUAGUUGUUUGCCCAAAUCCAGAAUUAAUGAAAUAAAGCAGUUAUUUCCAGAAGACUGGUACCAAUUUGUUUUAAGUCAGUUGGAGUCUUUGCAUCCAAAAGAAAAUCUUUCAAAUAUACUUGAAGAAAUAGCAAAGGAUGAAGUUUUGAAAGACAUAUAUAUUCAUGCAGUGAUGUCUUGUUAUUUUAGUUUUUUCGGAAUAGACAAUACAGUCCCCAGCCCUAGUCACAUAUAUAGAGCUUACAACAGUGGCAUUCCUUGGUCUCUUGGUUUGGACUGGCUAACUGAAAAACCAGAACUGUUCCAGCAAGCACUGAAAGCAUUCAGGUACGCCUUUAAGCUUAUGCUUGACAAAGCAAGUUUAGGUCCUAUAGAGAACUUCAGAGACCUGGCUAGCUACUUAGAAGAAUAUGAACAUGACUGGUAUAUUGGUUUAGUAUCUGAUGAAGAGUGGCAGGAAGCAGUUAUACAGGAAAAGCCAUACCUUUUUUCUCUGGGGCAUGAUCCUAAUAUGGGAGUAUACACUGGGAGAGUACUUACUCUUCAGGAAUUGUUGGUCCAAGUUGGGAAAUUAAAUGGUGAAGCUGUUAGGGGGCAGUGGGCCAAUCUUUCAUGGGAACUGCUUUAUGCCACAAAUGAUGAUGAAGAACGUUACAGCAUACAAGCUCAUCCAGUACUUUUAAGAAACCUUACUGUACAAGCAGCAGAUCCACCCCUGGGAUAUCCAGUUUAUUCUUCUACACCUCUCCAUGUGCCUUUGAUCUAAAGCUCUUUUUUGGACUUGUAAUUUCAAUAUUGUCAAAGAAAUCUUUUAAUAUUUGAAUCUUAGAAGCAGCAUGAUGUUUAGAUUCCUCUAGCUUCACUGGAAAUUUUUAGAAAAUCAUUUGAGAAAAAAUAAGCUGCAUGAAGUUAAUCCUUUGUCCAUAGAAAUGAUAAAGAGCUUCAUGAGCCCAUUAAUUUGGAAUUUAGAAUGACUUAUCCAAAAUGUGUUAUAUGUGGACUCUGGUAGUCUUUUAUAGAAAAUAUGAUGAAACCUAGAUAUGUUUUCUAGAAUAACAACUUUCUAUUAGAUUAGAUAAUGAACUUUUUUAUGCUUUCUUAAAUGUGACAGGUAACUUGCAUUUCUAAGCAAGCUACAGCUAUAUCUGUAUCAGUGUUUCUAAACGAUAAUGGACCCUACAGUAGGUGACCAAAUUGUAUAUACAAAAUUUAUUUAAAAUAAAAUUUUGAUAUUUUGUUACUUUG